GAGCUGCCCUCCGUAGAUUGACCAUCCACUACUGUUGCUUCCCGCCUUUCUGUCGACAUCGCUGUCUGGCUACUUACUCACUGCCCAGCAUGAAUUGUGAUAUCUGCGAACGAGCGCAUCAUCCCAAGCGCCUGCCCUUUCUUUGUGUGGUCAAUGCCAGAAAUGAACUCUACGAGGGACGUAUCGCAAACGCGAAGAUUCUUAUGGAAAUAGAGGCCAUUGAAUCCAAAGUCAACAAGCUCCUGUCUGAAAACGAUGCCAGCUCUGCCUCUUCUACUUCAAAUCGGCCUUCGCGUGCUUACAUCGAGAGUUGCGCUUCGGAAGAGAACAAAAUUAGAGAGAGGACCGAGCGCAUCAUCGCAUCGGCUGACAAACUGAGGGACAAAGUCGCCGCCGCCAAGAAAAUGAUUGAGGAGAGCCGAGCCGCUCUCGCACAAAGGAAAUCCGAUAUAUCUGCUGCGUCUCAAGCAGUGAAGGCGCGCCGAACUCGGGAGAUAGACGAAACAAGGAAGGCCAUCAAGAUGAAAAAGUACACCUGGGACAGGGAAUACGAGGCCAUGACCCAGUACAAGGCCGCCCUCUGCAUGGAAGUCGCUAAGCUCUACAGGCUACAACGGGUUCGGCGUGGCAACCCAGUACGAUUCGAGUAUAAAAUAGGGGGCAUUGAUAUCGUUGACCUCCAGAACAUGAAUAGUGUUCAGCCGGAGCUUAUAUCAGCAUCUCUCAGUUACAUUGCUCAUCUACUAUUCCUUGCUUCACAUUAUCUAUCCAUUCGUCUUCCGGCAGAGAUUACGUUGCCUCAUAAUGAUUAUCCUCGGCCGACCAUAUUUUCCCUGAGCUCUUCGUAUCAACAUGACGAAGUUGCCUUCCCCGGUUCAUCGCCCAUACCUACUGAUACGAGGGAUCGGCAGUUUACGAACGUCCCUUUCCCGCGGCCAUUAUUUAUCGACAAGCCACUUACGACACUCUCUAAGGAGGAUCCCGCAACACACAAUGCUUUCAUUGAAGCCGUCUGUCUACUCGCUUAUGAUAUCGUUUGGCUGUGCCGCACGCAGGGUGUUCCAGUGGGUGACAUUAACAACCACUUUGACUCGUUUGCCAGUAUUGGUCGAAAUAUGUACAACCUCCUCAUCAACUCCUCUCUUCAGCGCAAUCCGCAGCAGAUAGCCGAUGAUAUCGGGAACUCACUUGUGGCUAACGAGGGCAAUGGACCCGCCGAACUCGGCAAGGGUGCACCUCGGAUGGGGCUGUAUUCUCACGGUAGCGGGCACACAUUCCUGGGUAGCGCUGCAGGAAACGACCUGAUGCGAAACUUCAAGCUACCUAACCCCAUCAAACUUGCUGACAAGCUAAAAUCCAAACUCAACCACGAGAAUCCUAUCCCGGAAUGGGAGGUACUUGAUGAUGAUGCCUGGGCCCCAGACGACGGUGAUGAUGGGGUUUUCAUUGGAGGGGCGCGGCCCAAUCCCAGGUACAACGAUCGGGCCCGGUACGGCUUCGAGAGCUACAUGAGCGUCAAUACGGUUAAAAGCGGUGGAAAUGGCGAUACUCAAAUGGCCACUGGCCAUGGCUUUAACGGCAAAAGUCGCGAAAAGGGAGAGAGGAACACGAACGGCUGGACGAAGGUCAAGCCGAGAUAGGAGGUUUAACAUUUCUAAGCUGUGAUGUCCGGAGUAUCAUGUCUCUGGUGGAUAAUAAGGAUCGUAUAUAGCAGUGAAUCACAUACAUCAUCAUACCAUGUGCUCAAUGCCCUCCUUUCGGGGGUUGUAGACAGGGAGUUAUUUGUGCAUCCAUCAAUAUUACAUAUAUAUACAUAGCACACACUAUGGAGAAGACAUAAUUAGAGUAAGAGUAUCAGGGGACGAUGACAGCAACAAAGCUAG